AAUUAAAAAACUACUACACAUUUGUUAACAUAGGAAAGGAAAAUAUACGAAAAAGAAGAAUUUAUGAGAUUUCAAUCGAUACUUAAUGUUGGAAUCAAUUAUUUUAUGUUAAUUUAAUAGUUAAUGAAAUUGGAACAAUCUUUAAGAGUAUUACUUUCCAGUCUGAAAAUCUUAAUUAUUGAGUCCCAAACGAAAAAUAUUUUGUCAAUUUGCUGUGAAUUCGACUUAUUUUCGCCGAAAUAACAAAAUAAAUUAAAAUAAAUUUAUAACAAAACUUCAUUCUUUAUUAGAAUCUCGUACAAAAUUAUAGCAGAUGACUUUUUCUCUGCAAUUUUACCUUUUUUGCUUUUUAUAAUUUUUUCGAAUAUUAUUGAAUGAAUCAGUGUGGUCAACAUAAUGAAUCUGAAAGAAAUUUUAAAUCUUAAUCUCAAAUGCAUCUAAUUUCAAAUGUUAACCUCACAUGAUCUUGACACAUGAGAGCCUGAGUCUAAUAUUUUUACAAUAUUGUUUUAAUCAUUUUGCAAAGAUGGAGAAGUGGAUACACGAAAAUUUAUCCGAAAUUUUUGAUUUCCCAGUAUCAACAGAAUUCGCAAAAGUCAUAAUGAAAAUGGAAAACGAAAGGGACUUGGAUGACUAUUUGCUAUCUCUUUUAGAUUAUACUAAUGGAAAACACAGGCAGUUUAUUUCAGAAUUGAAAAAACGACAAGCUUUAAGUAAAGAUCAGAGUAAAUAUAAAAAAGAAAAUGAUGUGGAUAAUGGAAAGAGAAAGCAAAAUGAGAAAAAAAAAGGAAAAGUAAAAGGAAAAGAGAGCAAAGAAAAUAAACAGACACAAGAAGUUAUAAAAAUAGAUAAGUCAGAAAAAAAGAAACCUAAGUUUGUUAAUAUAUCUUCUGAAAGUGGCAUUUUGUUAAAAGGUAGAUACAAAUGUAAUUGCGAAACAAAAGAACAUCCACUAAUCAAUAAUUGUCUUAACUGUGGUAGAAUAGUCUGUGCUCAAGAAGGAGCUGGUCCUUGCUUUUUUUGUAAAGAACUUGUAUGUUCUCAAGAAGAACAAACCAUUCUUUCUAGUAAUACAAAACAAGGUGAUCAGUUAUACAAUAAAUUAAUAAAUCAAAAAACUAAUAAGAAUCUAGAAGAAUCAAUAAAACAGAGAGAUAAACUUUUGGACUAUGAUCGCAAUGGAAUACAGUGCACAAAAGUAAUUGACGAUGAAUGUGACUAUUAUCAAUCAAAUAGUACAUGGUUAACAGAUAAACAACGAGAAAAGUCAAAAAAAUUAGAAGAAGAAAUACAUGAAAGAAAGCAUAUGUCGCGUUUAAACAGAAAAAUUUACGCUACUAUUGAUUUCACAGGUAGAGAAGUAAUUGAAGAGAAUACGACAGAAAAUUUUGAAAAGUUCAGUGAAGAAUAUUUGCAAGAUAUAUCUGAAUCAUUUAGUGAAAUAGAAAGUAAUAAUAUUUGCCCACAUAUAGAAUUUAAUCGCCCAAUGUAUAUAGAGUCAAAUGAAUUGCAACCACGAACCAAAGCGAUCACUUUUAACACAAGAAAUAUUAUUCAAGACAAAGAAUAUUUAGAAAUGUCUGAUCCUGGUUUAUGUUUGAGUAUGCAUCAGCCUUAUGCAUCUUUAUUAGUGGCUGGAAUAAAAGUUCACGAAGGUCGUACAUGGUAUUCAUCACAUAGAGGAAGAUUAUGGAUUGCUGCAACAUCAAAAAUACCAACUAAGGAAGAAAUUUCAAAUGUAGAACAGUGUUAUCGUCUUUUAAAAAAUGAAAAAUUAAUGUUUCCGGAAAUUUAUUCAACUGGUUGCCUAUUAGGAUGUGUAACUGUUGUUGAUGUUUUAACACAAGAAGAAUAUAAAAAAUCUUAUCCAGAUGGAGAAAAUGAUAGUCCUUAUGUUUUCAUAUGUGAAAAUUUUUUUAUGUUGCCAAUUAAAUUUCCAAUACAGGGAAAACAUAAAAUUUAUAAAUUAGACCCAAAGAUUCACCAUGCUGCUUUGAAGAUGUUAGACAAAUGUAUGAAAAAUACCCAUUAAACAUGUUUAUCUAAAAUAGUAUGUUUUUGUUAUAAAUAAAUAACCAAUAUUUA